CGGCCCGCGCGCCAUGGACGCCGCUAGGAUGGGCUCGGUGCAGCUGCAGAACCCGUGCCACGCCGCGGGGCUGCUGCACAAGGCCAACCAGAUGCGGCUGGCGGGCACGCUCUGCGACGUGGCCAUCCUGGUGGACGGGCAGGAGUUCCGCGCGCACCGCACCGUGCUCGCCUGCACCAGCAAGAUGUUCGAGAUCCUCUUCCACCGCAACAGCCAGCACUACACGCUCGACUUCCUCUCGCCCAAGACCUUCCAGCAGAUCCUCGAGUACGCGUACACGGCCACGCUGCAGGCGCGCGUCGAGGACCUCGACGACCUGCUCUAUGCCGCCGAGAUCCUCGAGAUCGAGUACCUGGAGGAGCAGUGCCUCAAGAUCCUCGAGACCAUCCAGGCGGCCGACGAGCCCGAUGCCGAGGCGCCCGAUGCCGACGCCGAUGCCAGGAGGCCGUGCGGCCCCGCGGGCACCGCGCACGAGGCGACGAGCGGCACGCAGAGCCCUGCGGCGAGCGCGGCGCCCGCACCCAUGAGCCCCACGGCGGCGGCCGUGGACACCCUCAUGAGCCUCGGGCCGUCGCUGCUGCAGGGCGCCGCGCAGCGCGAGGAGGCGCUGAGCGGUGCCAGUCCCCCGGGCGCCGAGCGCCCCGACGAGCGCGCCAAGGAGGGCCCGGGCACGCCGACCCGCGGCAGCGUCAUCACCAGUGCCCGCGGGCUGCACUACGGGCGUGACGAGGGUGCCGAGGCGCCCGGCGAGGCCGCCGCGGGGCUGCCUGCCGCGGCGCCACCCGCGCUGUACGCCGUGCUGCCCAAGCACAAAAGCGACUCUGCGCUCGGCGGGCCGCCCGCCGGGGCGCCCGCGCUGCACGUGCCGCCCGCGCUUGCCGUCUCCGUGGACCUGGGCGCCUACGGCGGGCUGCUGCCCCAGGCCUUCCUGCCGCGCGAGCUCUUCAGCAAGCUGGGCGAGCUGGCGGCGGGCAUGAAGCCGGAGGGCCGCGCGGCGGGCGACGCGUGCGGCGCCUGCGGAGCUGAGCUGCCCGACAGCGACGCCGUGGAGCAGCACCGGAAGCUGCACAGCGCCAUGAAGACGUAUGGCUGCGAGCUGUGCGGGAAGCGCUUUCUGGACAGCUUGCGGCUGCGGAUGCACUUACUGGCUCACUCAGCGGGCGCCAAGGCGUUCGUGUGUGACCAGUGCGGCGCGCAGUUCUCCAAGGAAGACGCCCUGGACGCGCACCGGCAGACGCACACCGGGACGGACAUGGCCGUGUUCUGCCUGCUCUGCGGGAAGCGCUUCCAGACGCAGGCGGCGCUGCAGCAGCACAUGGAGGUGCACGCCGGGGUGCGCAGCUACAUCUGCAGCGAGUGCAACCGCACCUUCCCCAGCCACACGGCGCUCAAGAGGCACCUGCGCUCGCACACAGGCGACCACCCGUACGAGUGCGAGUUCUGCGGCAGCUGCUUCCGGGACGAGAGCACGCUCAAGGGCCACAAGCGCAUCCACACCGGCGAGAAGCCCUACGAGUGCAACGGCUGCGGCAAGAAGUUCAGCCUCAAGCACCAGCUCGAGACCCACUACCGCGUGCACACAGGCGAGAAGCCCUUCGAGUGCAAGCUGUGCCACCAGCGCUCGCGGGACUACUCGGCCAUGAUCAAGCACCUGCGCACGCACAACGGUGCCUCGCCCUACCAGUGCACCAUCUGCCUCGAGUACUGCCCCAGCCUCUCGGCCAUGCAGAAGCACAUGAAGGGCCACAAGCCCGAGGAGAUCCCCACCGACUGGCGCAUAGAGAAGACCUACCUGUACCUGUGCUACGUCUGAGGGACGCGGGCGCGCGGGGCAACACGCGUGUCCUCCACCGCCUCCUGUGUCGCUUCUCCUUAGUUGCUGUUACCAGGACCUGCUGCGGGGUGGCCGGGCAGCCCUGCCC